AUGUCAAUCAUUGCAAGAGGAUUGCUAUUCCUCGUUUUUGCAUGUGCAUUCACUCAAGGAACACAUUUUAGAUUUGGGUCUAUUUCAUGGGCACCAGUAUCAGUUCAAUCAUAUAAUGUUAUUAAUGUAAAGUUGAAUCUUGCAUUUAGAGCUACGUUUUUCAGUAAUCCAUCGGCUGCAGUUGGAGUCAUUCUCAACUCUAGUACUGGUACUAUUACCGAUGGUCUCUCUACUACUGCCAGAGCAGUCAAUCUCCAGGUAAACACACUCAACUCUGUCGAUGACUGGAUCUCUGGUACCGCCGAAUUCCAAUUCACCUACCCAAAGGACAAGAAUGCCACCUAUACCAUGGUGUACAGUGGUAGUGCUCGUAUCUCUUCACUCUACAACAACGCCGACAAGAAUUGGAGACUCACUUCAAGUGUCACCAUCAACACAUGGAAUCAAAACAGUUCACCUGUUACCAACACCUAUCCAAUCAUCUCUGUUGUUACACCAGGUACCAACACAUUCCAAAUCGUUGCCACUGACAAGGAGACAACCUCUGAUGACCUCGUCUACUCUUUGGUUACCGCACCAGAAGAGUUUGGUGGUGGAGUAGUAUGUCCAAAUAUUACAGUCUCUCCAAAGGGUCUAGUUACCUUUACCACUGGUAUCAAGCCAUCCCUCUUUACCACUCAAAUCAAGAUCUCUGACGGUACCGAUUUCACCGUCACUGAUUUCAUUCUCCAAUCGACUCUGUCUACCGUCAAACCACCCUAUUUUACCGAUGACACACCAGCCGAUCAAUCUGUCAUCACCAUCCAACCAGGACAAACCAAGUCAUGGGUCUAUGUUGGCAAGUCAAACACUAGCACAGAGGUUUUCAUCAAGCCAUCCAAUGUCCCACUCGGUAUCUCCCAAUCCACCCAAUCUGGCAAGAAUCCAGGUACCAUCACCAACUCUUGGACUCCAACCAUCACAAACGUAGGUCGUUAUGUCGUUUCUCUUGGUCUAUCUGAUAAAGAAGGUGUUAGUAUGACUGGUCAAAGAUCCUUUGUUAUCAUUGUUACUGCACCAGUUUGUGGUAAUGGAGCACCAUGUGCUGGAUACCAAAAUAAUACAUGUUGUUUAUGUAAUUCAAUUGGAUGGUCUAAUACUACUCAAUGUUAUGAUUGCAAGGAAGGUUAUUUUGGUGCCAAUUGUUCGUUGGCUCCAACAUGCAAGAAUGGUACUGUCAAUGAUGGUGUAGGAGGUGAUGGUUCGUGUCAAUGUUACUCUGGUUGGACUGGAGAUGCUUGUGAUACACCAGUCAGCAAGCGUUGUUCAAUCAGCGAUGCCUCUGCCGUUAUUUCAACUGCCAGUACCUCGGUUGGCUAUGUCAACCCAACUUCCAUGUCUGUCUAUGUCUCGACCAGCUCGUCUGCUUUCAACGUUCCAUUCUCACUCUCUAUCCCCAACCCUGUCCCAUCACUCGACGUAUUCUUCCUCUUGGACGUUGCACCCAAGACCAUCACCAUCCAAAACGACUAUCUCAACUUUAUCGAGCCAUUUAUCAACACGAUCAAGGGCAAGGUUGAUAACGUCCGUUUUGGAUACGGUACAUUCUCUGAUGCUGCCGCUGGAUACAACUUCCAAGCCGUCGCAACCAUCGGUACCGAUAUUAUUGAUCUCGUCAAAAACACUCAGUACAUUUCGGCCACUACCUCGACGACCGGUAACUCUUUGCUCGCAUUAUACAACGCUGCUCAAAACUCGAAUGGUUGGAGACAAGGUUCAUUCAGAGUCAUCAUUGUUGUGACCGACUCGGACACUGCUGCACCCGUCAAUACGGCUACCCGCGACCUCUACAUCAACGCAUUGGCCCAAGCCUCGGUCAUGCCCGUCGUCCAAGGCACUGGCAGCGUUGCAUUGACCAACUGGAACACGUUCUUUGCCGCCGCUGGGUUUGGGUUCACCUCGACCUCUGCCACGGGCUCUGCAUGGGCUGCUUCUGCCGCCACACUCGCCUCGGCCACCUCGUUCUCCAAGAUUGCCACCAAGGUCAUCACGGAUGCCGACAAGUUUGCCACUACUGCCGUCGCAGCCAUCUCGACCACCUCGACCGUCUCUGCCUACUCGGUCAACGUGCCCGUCAAGUUCCCCACCGCCACCACUCCAUCCAACAACCCAACUGUCCAGGUCUCCUUUAUCGGCUUUGGCACAUCCACCAUGAACAUUGUCUACAACCACGCACCCGUUGCCAACCCAUCGACCGUCUCCACCUCGGAAGACACCUCUGUCAACUUUUCAUUCGGCUCGUUAGUGUCUGACCCAGACUUUAACCUCAUGACGAUCCGUAUCACCACGCUCCCCACCAAGGGUACCAUCACAGUCAACGGCUCGACCACCAUCACUACCACCACCGACACGAGCUCGCUCUCGACCUUUACCUACACGCCAUCGGCCAACUACAAUGGCGCUGACUCGUUUGCCUAUUCAGUCAGCGACGGGUGUUUGAGUGUUGCUUCGACCGGUUCCAUCUCGGUCACCCCCGUCAACGACCCUCCAACCUGUGUCUCUAGCUCUUUGACCGCCGUCCCAUACACACCAUCCACCUUUACACUCGGAGGUGCCGAUGUCGACGGUGACACCAUCACUGUCGUCUUUUCAUCGCUCGCCACCAUUGUCAACGUUGCCACCAUCACAACCUCUACCGGAGCAGCUGUCGUCGUUGGAACCAAGUACCCAAUCACCACCCAAUUCCAAUUCAACCAGACUGUCAAUUUCGCCGCCAACGUACUCGUCUCUAUCCCAUUCACCAUCAACGACGGUGUACUCCCAUCAUCCACCUGUAACCUUGCUGCCACCUUUACCCAUUUGAAUGUUGCUCCAGUCCUCUCGUCACCACUCUCGGUCACAUCCAACCCAGGUAGCAACAUCCAAUUCAACAUCACUGCCGAAGACUCUGACUCUACCACCAUUCAAUUUGCCAUCUACAGCAUGACCAAGGGAACCGGUUACUUUUACAACUGCGCCAACCCAUCUGUCGAAAUCACCAUCGCUGGCAACAUCCUAAAUCCAGUCGCACUCGCCAACAACAAGGCAGUGUCCCAAGCCAUCUGCUACCACAUUGACGGUGCUCAAGCCAACGGUCUCAACAUUGCAAGCAUCAAGUUUAUUGCUGCAGACAACCAAGCUCUCCCAUCCAACAUUGUCACUGUCCAAGUCAACGCUGCUGGUACCCGUACCAAUGUCAAGCCAGUUGCCACCCCAGUCACUGUCCCAGCACUCAAUGAAGAUGGUCUCUCUGUCGCUAUCGUCCUCAACGGUACCGACGCCGAUACUUUGGAUCAAGGUAACCUCCGUGCAGUCUACACUGCUCCAUCCAAGGGUCAAUUGAUUGUUGCUGCCGGUGGUGCUGUUGCUGCUGCCGAUGGAAAGGCUCCCUACACUGUAUACUACAAGCCAAAUGCUCUCUUUUACGGAACUGACUCAUUUACAUUCUAUGUCUAUGAUACUAUGGGUGCUGUCUCUGACUCUAUCACUGUUACACUCACUGUCAACCAUGUUAACCAUCCACCAACUCUUCCAUCUGCCACACUCUCAUUCACUCAACUCUCACAUCCACUCCAAUCACUCACACCCAAUGAUGUAGAUGUCGGAGAUGUUUUGACAUGUUAUGUUGUCUCACUCCCAACUACUGGUCAAGUCACCGACUCUAGCAGUGUUGCUAUUACCAGUGUUGCAUCACCAGUUGUUCUCUCGACCAAGCAAUUCAGUGCCAAGGAAACACCAGCCAACUCUAUCAACCCAUACACCACUACUUUCAAGGCCAAGUGUUGUGAUCAAGUUGGUGCCUGUUCCUCAGACACUACCAUGACCCUCGUCUACACAUACAUUAACCAAGCUCCAGUUGCCAUCCAAACCAACAGCUCUUGUGACCAAGAUACUAGUGUCACAUUCAACUUUAACUAUGCCGAUGACAAACCACUCCCAGCUACCAUCAAGUUGGUCACCCUCCCAACCAACGGUGUCCUCCUCGUCAACAAUGUACCAGUCACCUCAACCUCUACUAUCCUCCCAACCGACAAUGUAGUGUACCGUCCAAAUGCAGGUAAAUCCAACGAUGAUACCAUUGGUUUUGCCGGUCCCCUCGACUCUAUUCUUUUCAAUGUUAUUGACUCUGACUUGUUGGCAUCUCAACAACCAUCAACUGCCACAUUCUAUGUUGCUCCACGUAAACCACCCACCUACACCGGUCUCAACGAGCUCAACACCAAUGAAGACACUGUACUCAACUUUAUCAUUGAAGGUGCACCACCAAGAGGUCAAGAACAAUUCGAUCUUGUCUUGGUCAACCUUGAAGGACGUGGACAAUUGUCAUACUAUGUUUGUAAUGAAGAGGAGUGUCUCCGUGUUGCCAAGAAUGGUGACAAGUUCCAAUACAACACCAAGUACUCGUUCAUCUACACUCCAUUGGCCAACGACAAUGGAAAUGCCAUCUUUAACGUAUCAUUCAACCUCGUCUCUCAACAAGGUAUUGUAUCCAACGUCUCUACCAUCAACAUCAAUGUACUCCCAGUCAACGAUCCACCCAUCAUUGUAUUGAACGACUAUAUCAUUGUCAAUGUCCAAGCUCCAGCACCAUUGACCCAAGUCAUCUCAUUCCCAAUGAACCAAAGUAUCAUCAUGUCUUGGUCUGGUUAUGAUAUCGAUUCGCCAAACAACACCCUCGUCUGUACCGUCAACUCGAUCAAGGGUAUUUCCGGUGACUUCCGUGCCUACAAUGCAUCCAAUGCAGAUAAUGGCUUUGUCGGUGCCGAGAUUGCAAAGGGUUCUUCACUUGGUACAUACGACCCAGUCGACAAGUUGUGGCGUCUAGUUUACAUUCCCAAACUCGGUGGGUUCGGUCGUGGAUAUGCUGGGUUCUCAUUCAACCUCGUCGACGACAAGUCACUCAUCUCUCUUCCAUCGGCCAUCACUAUCGAUGUUGAGUCGGUCAACGUAGCUCCCUACAUUACACUCAAUCAACCCAAGUUUGCCGGAGUUGAACAAACCGAUAUUGUCAUCACUGGUGUCACUUUUAGAGACCCAGAUUCCAAGAUCAACAAUGUCUCUCUUGUCAUCUCGGUUGUUGAUACUGCCCAACAACUCGUUGCUGGUGCAUCCAUCUCAUUCUAUGGCAACGUUGAAAAGGAAUACUGUGUCAAUGAAACCAACAAGAUCACCUGUGUUGAAGACCAAGACACUUUGAAUGCCUUGAUCAAGACCAUCACUGUCCACAACCCAGUCGUCGGUGUCAUCUUCCUCAACGUCUUUGUCGAUGAUCUCGGUUACAAUGCACCAAUCGCCAAACGUAACGUCAGUCAUCUCACAGCCACUGAAAACGUUGCACUUCUCGUCUCAUCCAAACCAACCAGCGAGACUACCAACACCACAGUCUUGUCUGCCGCUAUUGCCGGUGCCGUCGCAGGUGCUGCCAUUCUAGUUGCCGGUGCCUGGAAGUUCCUCAAGAAGUCCGUCCCGCCAACCAGCGCCUUCUUUGGUGACUCUCCAUUCUCUGAUGGUGCCAUCUCAUCCAAUCCACUCUACCAAGAAUCUGGUAAUGCUGGUGUCAAUCCAUUAUAUGAAACUAGUUCUGCUUAA